AUGGAAGUCUUAGUAAAGAUGGGGAAGUUCACCGGAAUUCAAUCGGAAUUAGCUCUAAACGGGACUAUUCCGGUUCGGAAACGGGUUCCGAUCACCGCUCAGGUUGUGAUCGGAACCCCUGGAACAAUUGACAGUUUGAUCACAUCGAAGAAACUGAGCUUGAGAUUCAUGAAGAUACUUGUAUUCGACGAAGCGGAUCAUAUGCUUGCAGAGGGUUCUUUCAGAGAUUCGUCGAAAAAGAUUAUGAGAUUAAUUGUUCAAAGCAGCCCUGAUUGCCAGGUGGUUCUGUUUUCCGCCACGUUCAAUGACAAUGUCAGAGCUUUUGUUGAUCAGACCAUCAGCAAAGAGAUCUUCAUGAGGGAUACCUGCGUCGCGUUGUAG